CCCAGCCCCGAACUUCACACUACAGUCAGGGGUACUUGGUUUGAUGCGAACUACAUAUUGUUUUGUACCAGCAGACACAGUUUGGAGGUGUUGUGCGAGUAAAUGGCCCAAUGGCCUUGGUCGUAUCAGCAAUGGCCAAUUACUACAAGCGUUAUCACAGACCAAAAUUCUGACAGACGCCAUGAUUCUUGUUUUCCUUCAGUGAGUAACAGCUGACCCAAAGGGAAUUAGAAACAAAGGAAACGUAACGUACUCGCCAUCGACGAUUGGUAUGCUCAUACAGUAUUACAGGGAUGCCCAAGGAAAAAUAUGAUCUGGCCGACCUGAGGCGGAUGUACACGAUAAUGUCCACUGAUGAGGCAGCCAACGGGAAGAAGUCAUACUGGGCUGAGCUCGAAAUCAGUGGUAAAGUGAGGAGUCUGAGCACCUCGUUAUGGACGUUGACUCACCUCACUGCUCUUCAUAUCGGCGAUAACUCCCUCUGUCGUAUCCCGCCCGAUAUUGCCAAACUUCAAAACCUGGUGUACCUGGACCUCUCAUCCAACAAGAUCAGGAGCCUGCCUGCCGAGCUUGGCGACAUAGUGUCUCUCAGGGAACUUAUUUUAAACAACAACCAGUUGAGGGUUCUACCUUUUGAGCUUGGAAAACUGUUUCAGUUACAAACACUGGGAUUAAAAGGAAACCCACUUGGACAAGAAAUAUUGAACCUCUACCAGGAGCAUGAUGGCACAAGGAAACUGCUCAACUACCUUCUGGGCAAUCUGUCAGGGACUAAACAAGUCAGCUCAGAGCAGCCUCCGCCCAGAUCAUGGAUUGUUCAGGCCGAGCCGGACCGGGCAAGAACAGCAGCCCUGUUCUCAGUGAUGUGCUACAACGUGCUGUGUGAUAAGUACGCCACGCGCCAGCUGUACGGCUACUGCCCCUCUUGGGCCCUCAACUGGGAGUACAGGAAGAAGUCAAUCAUGCAGGAGAUCCUGAACUGCACUGCUGACAUCAUCAGCCUACAGGAAGUAGAAACAGUUCAGUAUUACAGCUAUUUCCUGCCAGAGCUGAAGGAGCAAGGUUACGAGGGCUUCUUUAGCCCCAAGUCCCGUGCCAGGACCAUGUCAGAGUGCGACCGCAAGCAUGUGGACGGCUGCGCCAUAUUUUACAGAACCGAAAAAUUCAGCCUGGUACAGAAACACACGGUGGAAUUCAACCAGCUGGCUAUGGCCAACUCUGAGGGCUCGGAGGCCAUGCUCAACAGAGUCAUGACUAAGGACAACAUUGGUGUGGCUGCGCUUCUAGAGAUGCGCAAGGAGAUGAUGGAGCAGUGUGCGGGGAAGUCUCUGCACGGCAUGGAGAAACAGCUCCUCCUGGUGGCCAACGCCCACAUGCACUGGGACCCGGCGUACUCGGACGUCAAGGUGGUCCAGACCGUCAUGUUCCUGUCUGAGGUGAAGAACAUCGUAGACAAGGCCACACGCAGCCUCAAGCUCUCCUCCGUCUCCGGGGAGACCAACGCCGUCCCACUCGUCCUGUGUGCUGACCUCAACUCACUGCCUGACUCUGGUGUGGUGGAGUUCCUGAGCUCGGGUGGAGUGGACAGCACCCACAAAGACUUUCAGGAGCUGCGCUACAUCGACAGCUUGACGAACUUCAACUGCAACGGAAAGAGCGGCGCGUCCAACGGCAGGAUCACCCACGACUUCAAGCUGAGGAGUGCCUAUAAAAACGGCCUGAUGCCUUACACCAACUAUACUUUCGACUUCAAGGGCAUCAUUGACUACAUCUUCUACUCUCAGCCUACACUCAAUGUGUUGGGGGUUCUGGGUCCUCUGGAUCCUCACUGGCUCCAUGAGAACAAUAUCAGCGGCUGUCCCCACCCCCACAUCCCCUCCGAUCACUUCUCCCUGUUUGCACAACUGGAGCUGCUCUUUCCCAACCCGUCGUCAGGUAGUUUCGCCAACCCAUCACGCAGGUAGUUUUCAGAGCCACGAGGGAGCUGAUGCUCUAAUCUUGUUCUAUUUUUCCUGCAAAGUCGAUUAAGAAUAUUCUGGAUAAAUCUAUGUACAAUCAGAGGGGGCGGGGGGUACGGCAAUCAUCCCCCCCCCCCCCCCCAAGGAUUUUAACUGAAGCAAAAGCUCACGGCAAGCUCAACCGAUAAGUCUUUACCUCCUUUCCUGGGCACAAUUUGAUGUUGUAUUUUUUUCCGCACCAUAUCACACUUUGCAGUCCUUGGUGUUAUAUAGUUUUUACAUCACCUACAGAUAAGUUGUUGAAUUGUAUUGUGUGGCAAAUGGUAAAAUCUAAAAGUGAGAUAUUUUGAUAGGGAAGGAGUCGUGUCGCCACACUCCAGCCCGAGCAAACAGGUACAUCUGAAGUUGCCACCGAUCAACUAGAUAAACCCACGAGGCUGAUAUACCUGUUUUUAACCAGAGUCUGUCUCAGCCUCUGCAACUCCAAAUCCAUUCCCUUGCAUUGCUGUAUCUUGCCAUAAAGGUGUGUUGAAUAGUGUAGCAUGUUUGGAGGUGCUGGAGAGAGCAGGCCAUACGUUAUUUUUCCACCUGCUGAUGCGGAGACCACCUCUCCAGGUGCUAAAAGCCUGUCCUCUAACUCAGCGGUUCCAUUUCAUACUGAGUGGCGCAAUUGCUCACUCCUGUUCUGGUUUUUAUAGCCUAAUAUGAACAGAGUAAAAUUAAGGGACCACUUUUUAAAUAUUUCAAAGCAUUUUUACCUUCUAAUCACACAUGUGCCAUACAGAGCCAUCAUUUGAAUUUAGCGUCAGAUAUUCAAAUAUUACGACAACCACCUGUUAUUCACUCAGUGACCAUUAGUGGUUCUUAGUGACGGGGCUUAGGGAUUUAGAAAAGGGAAAAUGGUCAGUCUGACUUGACAGCUUCCCAACAUGUUGUCCUAGGCCAGAGAGCCCAUCUCUGACCGCAUAGCUGUGUAGCCAUAUGGAAUUGGUCAGGUGCCAAGUUGUGUUAUGGUUUAAUGCUGGGUGGACAGCCCCCUAAAAACAUGCUCCAACAGACAGAGCUGUAGCACUGUCUUAGAGGCAGGUAACAAAUGUCAAUUUUAAAGACAUCCAUGCUCUAAACAGGGUUAUUCCUUUCCAUUACUAAUAGCUAUUUGUUUGAUACAGAAACUUGGACUCAACUUGAUUGUAUAUGAACUGCAGAAGUCAUAAUAUGCUGUGUUAUUUUGUACCUGUAAGUAUGGUCAGUUUUUGCAAAAAUGAUUGUAUUGUAAAUUUUAAGGCAACAUUUGUCUCCAUUUUAAAGUUAAAGAAAUAUAAAAGUCUUUUCAGGUUUCCGCUGUUAAAUUUGUCUCUAACGUUUUUAUCAUGUCUUCUUCAUUGUCUUCGGAGGAAGCCGAUCAUGAAGAAGCCUCAGUCUUGUGUAAAAUGGUUCUAUCUGACUCCUCAACUCAGGCCAUUCUCUUUUUAAGUUUUGUUUCAUGUUAUGUUUUUUUUUGUCUACUGCUAGACCUACAGUGUUGACGCAUUCUACUUCAAGGGCAUGUGUGAAGUCCACUUACAUACAGUACAAAAAAUCCAGAGGUAAAAAUGGGGGCAGAAUGUGUUAUUCUGAAAUAUUGCUCUGAGUCCGUUGUGGUCCAGAACGGUGAUGUGGUCCAGUCCGUUGUGGUCCAGAACGGUGAUGUGGUCCAGAAUGGUGGCAUGGUCCAGCUCUUUUCCAAAUCACAGUGGAUAUACAGUCGAAGUCGGAAGUUUACAUACACCUAGGUUGGAGUCAUUAACUCAGGAAUUGUGAAACUGAGUUUAAAUGUAUUUGGCUAAGGCGUAUGUAAACUUCAACUGUAUAACAUAUGAUCUGUUUAAAUUAUGGAUAUUUUCUCACAAGGCCAUUUUUCUUGUUUGUUUUUGUGCUGCUCUCCUGACGUUUAUUUUAUUUGAAGGAUUAAUGAGCACUUUAUUCUAGAACACUAGCGUAGCUACUCGUAUGGCUUUUUUAAAUGACGCUUUUGCCUUUUUGCAAAAGCAUAUUUUUUUUAAUGAAUUUUACCGAGCAGGAGAACUGAUGGAGAGAGUACGCUCUUGGUCCUUUUCUGUUGUCCCUUUUUUUUACAAUUAAAAAAUCUGGUUGUUUUCAACAAAA